AUGGGGGUUAUUAUAUCUAGAUUUCGGAAAGAGAAAACAACUUUCCAGAAAUUGGAAGAAUUGGAGGAAAAAAUCAAAGAUUUUGAAGCGUACACAAUUAGCACCCAGGAGCGGCGGAAACGUUUUGUGGGCCGAUUUUUAGUAACUUCGAUCGUGCUGUACGUGUUGGGAUCGUUGAUAUUUUAUUUCAUCUUCUUCCCGCCAACGUGGAAUGAGCGGAUCGUCCAUUCUGUGCCCCUACUCAUUUGCCCUAUACUCAUUUUUGUGCUAAAACGGGUUCUAGCAUGGCAUUACGAACGAAAGUUGCGGUUAAAUGCAAACAAGCUGAAGGAUCUUCGAGCGGACAAAAAGAAGAUCCUAGAAAAUGUGAUGGAAAAGGAAACGUACAAGGUGGCGGUAGAAAUAUUAGACAAGUUUGGUGAAAAAUCACACCGCAUCCAAACGCAGGCAUUCAACGCAUCUUUGACGCCUUUGCGUGCCCCCAAACUAAUGCCCGUUGGCCAACAACCGGCACCUCGAAUGCAGUCUCCGAACGUCCCACAAAGACAGAUAUCUCCUCCAUCGAUGACAGUACGUUCUGCUACACCGAUGACACCGCAAAUGCGACCAGGCGGUCCAAUCCACACACCGCAAACAGCUCCCAGUUUGAUGGUACGGGCACCACCGCAUUUGCCGCAAAGUCCGAUGUACGGGACGCGUAAUAACGCGAUCUUCCGAAGGACACCGUUCCCCAUCAUCAACCAAAACCAGAAGGGAGUUCUGGAGAAGAUGGUCGAUUACUUAGUGGGUGAUGGACCAACCAAUCGAUUUGCCAUGAUUUGUUCCGAAUGUUGCAUGCACAAUGGAAUGGUUCUGAAGGAAGAAUACGAAUACACUGCUUUCCGGUGUGCUUUCUGUAAUGCAUUAAAUCCGGCGAAAAAGCAGCGCCCCGUUGCUCCCCGGCUUCCAUACGAACAGAAACAGCUUGACAGGCUUUCGCAAAAGCCCGACACAAGCUCAGGCUCGGAAGCGGAAGACGGCGAAGAACUCUCCUCCGGAUCGUCUCAAUCGGGCGAACCUCGAAGCCCGGGCGUAGGAGAGGAAGAACCCUUUGAACCAGAGCAGGAGGUAAAGGAAGAAGAUGUGCGUAACAUGGCAAGUAGUGAAACGGAAAACGCGUCACCCGAUGUUGUCGCUAGUACUGCUGCCGAACCCGAAUCGAUAGUAAACGAAAGCGGAGCGACAGCAGACAACGCCGACAGUACCGAAGUGCCAAGUAGACCGGAAACAGUGGGGUCGAAAAAAGUGGACUGA